GAGUCCUCCCAGUCCCAGUCCCCAUCGCGCUGCCGGACGGACGGAGCCUGGGCAAGUCGAGCGGGAGAUCGCAGCCAGGAAUUGGAGUCCUUGCGGCCUCAAAGAAGAGCAUGGACCUGGAGAGCAAAGUGAAGAAGAUGGGCUUAGGCCAUGAGCAAGGAUAUGGAGCUCCGUGUUUUAAAUGCAAAGAAAAAUGUGAAGGAUUUGAACUACACUUUUGGAGGAAAAUAUGUCGUAACUGCAAGUGUGGCCAAGAAGAACAUGAUAUCCUCUUGAGCAAUGAAGAGGAUCGCAAAGUGGGGAAACUUUUUGAAGACACCAAGUAUACCACCCUUAUUGCAAAACUAAAAUCAGAUGGAAUCCCAAUGUAUAAGCGUAAUGUUAUGAUACUAACCAAUCCAGUUGCAGCCAAGAAGAAUGUCUCUAUCAAUACAGUUACCUAUGAGUGGGCCCCUCCUGUCCAGAAUCAGGCAUUGGCCAGGCAGUACAUGCAAAUGUUGCCUAAGGAGAAGCAGCCUGUGGCAGGUUCAGAGGGGGCACAGUACCGGAAGAAACAGCUGGCAAAGCAGCUUCCUGCACAUGACCAGGACCCUUCCAAGUGCCAUGAGUUGUCUCCCAAGGAGGUGAAGGAGAUGCAGCAGUUUGUGAAGAAAUACAAAAGUGAAGCUCUGGGAGUCGGGGACGUUAAACUUCCCAAGGACAUGGAUGGUCCUGGCCCUGACAGAACACACAUCCCUGGCGGAGACAGAAGCACCACGGCCCCAGUGGGGUCCAUAGAAAACAAAUCAGCUGAGCACAAAACAAAUCAGUAUUCCUGCUACUGCUGCAAGCAGAGUAUGAAGGAAGGCGACCCAGCGGUCUAUGCAGAAAGGGCUGGCUACGACAAGCUGUGGCACCCGGCUUGCUUCGUCUGCAGUGCCUGCCAUGAACUUCUAGUGGACAUGAUUUAUUUCUGGAAGAAUGGGAAGCUCUACUGCGGUAGACAUUACUGUGACAGUGAGAAACCACGCUGUGCUGGCUGUGAUGAGCUGAUAUUCAGCAAUGAGUAUACCCAGGCAGAGAACCAAAAUUGGCACCUGAAACACUUUUGCUGCUUUGACUGUGACAACAUCCUAGCUGGGGAAAUCUACGUGAUGGUCAACGACAGACCUGUGUGCAAACCCUGCUAUGUGAAGAAUCACGCUGUGGUAUGCCAAGGAUGCCACAAUGCAAUUGAUCCUGAAAUGCAGCGGGUGACCUAUAAUAAUUUCAGCUGGCAUGCAUCCACAGAGUGCUUCUUGUGUUCCUGCUGCAGCAAGUGCCUUAUAGGACAGAAGUUCAUGCCAGUAGAAGGGAUGGUUUUCUGUUCUGUGGAGUGUAAGAAGAUGAUGUCUUAAGGGGAGAAUACCAAACAACAGUGUGCCAUAUAUAUUUAUAUUCAGAGUGAUCUGCAUUUCUACUGUACAAUAUAAUUUGGAAAAAUAAACAGAAAAACAAACAGAAAAGAAACUGUAGAGGUAACUAGGAGGUUUUUGUUUUAUAUGUUUCUUAGCUGUUUUCCCCCCCUUUUUUUUCAUCUAUUUUUUUUUUAAACUUAUUUUAAGCACUUGAUUUUAAGAUGGUAAAGACUUCCCCACCCCCAUGCUUCCAAAACACGUAAAAUUAGAUUUGGAAGUUUGGGUUUAAUUAAAAUUUUUUGUAUCCAU